AUGAAGAUCAAGAAACAAGCCACUUCGCGACAUGAGGCGACUCUGUCGUCCAUGAUCGCAGACUUUGUCGAGGCGACCGAGUCAAUACCGCUUUACCAGCUGCCCGCACAUCUUGCCUCGUUCCCCAAGCAUUGGCCCUUCCCCCGCGGCGAUGCCUACCACUGGAUCCCCGCACUGAACCGCUUCGACCACAUCCUGGACCUGUUCAACAGGGAAUAUGGCCUGGUCGACGGACCGCAGACACAACCAUUCCAGCGUCGGCUUCUGCUCAAAGGCGAUGCCGACGAAGGCAACGCCGGCUCAGAGCACAGCACCACCGAAGCCGUCCUCGAUACCCUGCACGUAUCGCAAGACGGCGACCGUGAGCUGAUUGAGCUGAUCCUCAACUUCACACGCAUGCUGCUGGAAAACUGCGGCAACCGCAGCCUGUACUCGAGCAGCGAGCGCCUGGACAAGCUGCUCAACACAACUUGCACGUCUCUCCUCAAGGCUACACUGCGCCUCGGCCACCGCCUUGCCCAGCGCUAUGCCGCCGCUCGCAUGCGACUGGCGCCUGCCACGCUGCAUCCGUCUCUCCUCUCCAGCCACUACAACAUCAACCUGGACAAGGUGCAGAAGCUGUCGAGCCCCUUCGCCAAGGGUCCCGCCGCCGCAGCACCAGUGUUUGGCACACCAACACCCAGAGGAAAAGACCGCGCAAGCAGCACUGACAAGGUCAGUCCAUCCGACCUGGUUGGCCUGUACUCUUUGUCGGAAGCAUCGAUGAAGCAUGAGUUUGGAGGUGUACUCAUUUCAUAUUACGAGCCGACUUCGACGACCGAGGAAGACAGCAGUAAGCCUGCGGCUACUGAGGCGUCCGCUUCUGCGCCCGCACCCGCGCCUGCACCCACCACACCCACCCCGGUACGAAGAACGUCCAGUAUGGGCCCCAACCGGACGCCACGACAGCCCCCGCCCGCAGCCCCCGCCGACUCGCCAAGCACACCCGUCUUCACUCCCGGACAGCCCAGCAGUAGAACCAACGGGCCCAAGACAUAUGAACUUUCAGCCGACAAGGUUGCUAAGGGCAACAUACACGAUUUGAUCAAGGAGGGGCUCGAGAGUUUACCCGAGAGUGUGCAUUACGAGUUCCUUCACAAGCUGCGGACUGCCAAGAUGUUCAACAGUGGCGCUGCAGGGCGUGAUGAUGCAGUCGCUAUCCGGCUGCUAUCAAUCGCCAACAUGGGCUACGUGCACAUCGAGAAGGAGUUCAUGGCAAGACUCGGGCAGCAGGAUGCAGACGAGCCACGCAGGCUCCAGCUCGCCCAUCAACUGUCCGAGCUAGUACACCCACCCAGCAACGGCCAGACUGGUCUCUCGUUGGAGCUUCAAACAUUCACAAUGAAUGCUCUGGAAGCCCUCGCAAAGCACAAGUCCAAGGCUCCCGACAUCUGCGCCGCUCUCAGCGUCAACGUUAACCACGGUGUGCUGUUUUACGUCGUUCGCAAGCUCGUCGCUGGAUUGGGCGAGGAGACUGGCGAUCCAGACAACCUCGAGGAGGAUGAGUGGCGAGAUGCUCUCUUCUCUCUUCUAAAUACGCUGCCAACAUCGCAAACACGCACUGGUGAGCAAAUGGUAGCCGCAGGACUGUUGGAAAUUCUCGUCGAUGUUCUCAAGCUUCGUACAGCAAAGGCCGAGCGUAAUCACCCCAAGAUUCUCAACUUCCUUGACACUUUUGUGUACAACUUGCGCGAUGCCUUUUCGGCUCUCGUGGCUGCAAAGGGACUCGAAAUCAUUGCUGACCUCAUGCAAUACGAAGUCGACAUCUCCAAGAAGCUUGCCGAGGAGAACAAGGGCAUGCCCAAGGAGUACAAGACACAGCUUACUGAUUAUCAAAUCCCCUUCUAUCACCAACAGAGUCUGCGCUGGCUGUUCAAGUUCCUUAACCACAUGAUGACGCACACAGGCGGUAACUUUGAUCGCUUGAUGCGCAAUUUGAUUGACUCGCCGCAGCUGCUGAGUAGCCUGCGCACUGUGCUGUCGAAUGCAAGGAUCUUCGGCUCCACGGUUUGGAGCAUGGCUGUCACAAUCCUCGCUAGCUUCAUCCACAACGAGCCCACCAGUUACCAGGUCAUAGCUGAAGCAGGUCUGAGCGAGGCGUUCCUAGAGACAGUAGCUGGAGAGCCCGCGUCAGAAUCAACUGCUGUAGCAAGUACUAACGAAGACCCUUCCGCACCAAUAUCGCCCCCUCGAGUACCUGGAAAACCCCUUGCAGAGGGCAUCUUGCCUGUCGCGGAGGCCAUCUCAACGCUUCCACCAGCCUUUGAUGCCAUCUGUCUAGCGGAAGCUGGCAUGAAGCUCUUCCUAUCGUCGAAUGCACUUGCGCGGUUUUUCGAAAUCUUUGAGAGUCCUGCCCAUGUCAAAGCACUCGAUGCCGACACCGAGAUGCCAACCUUGAUCGGUAAUUCUUUCGAUGAGCUCGUGCGUCACCACCCACCGCUAAGGACUCGGGUCAUCUCGCGUCUGAACGAGCUGAUUACGCGUGUGGUUCAGCUGUGCGCCAGCAAAGCUGAGAAAGAAGGUGUGGGUGCCAAAUUAUGGACAGAGGAUGCUUCUGGAAAGCUAUUUGUAGCUGGUGGUCGCCAGGCGCUGUCUGGCCCACGCCAGCAGCGCACCUCUGAGACGGCUGGUACUGACGUUGAGAUGAAGGAUGCCGAUGAGACACCUAACGAAGUCGUUGCAUUUGAUCAAGUCACAGAAACCGAAGACAGCAGCAAUGGGCCCACAACAGGGCAGUACAUCCGCGUGCUUUGCCGGUUUCUCUCCGGAUUCUUCUCCAACCAUACCAUGUGCACAAUCUUCAUCGAAAUUCAUGGCGUGGACUCUAUUCUUGAUAUCUCUAGCCUUGCUUGCUUGGAUCCAAAGUCCAGUGAAAACCGCAGCAUGUGCGAGCAGUUUGGCCAUGUUGUUCAAGUGCUCGUAGAGCAAAAGCCGCACAUUGCCGUUCCGUCCCUGAUCAAACGCACACAACAGGCUUUAGAACGUCUGCAACCUCUUCUCGACCAUACGGGCAAGCAGGCUUUCUUGGCCCCAUUCACAAGCAAGAGCACUUCGCAGGACAGCGAGCAUCUGCAGCGAGGCACACAAUACGUCAAAGCAUUGGUGACAGCACACACGCUUCUUGGAGCCAUGACGCUUACCUUUCAAAGCCAAAUGUACGGUACGCGCUCGGCCCAUAACGUGUCGAGUCAAGUCAACCUCGCCGAUAUGUACGCACGCCUCGUUGACAGCCUUGGAAAGCUUCACCGCAGCUGCGUUUGGGAAGAGCUUCUUCUUCAACGCAAUAUGCCUACAGAAUGGGAGAAAGAGACGCGCGUCGCCAGCUCUGGAUUUGGCAACGACGAAGCUGACAAUGUCUUCCGCAUUGGCAACAGUGCGAUUGAAUCACCAGCCAGCGGAGAAGCUGCUGCUGCUUCUGGAACAAGUGCUGAGAAUGCAUCCCUGAGCCAGAACAGUGCACAAUUCAAGAACACACAAACGCUUCGAAAUCUGCUAAGCAAGAUACCCACUGAUAUUGCACCAUUCUUCCAAUCCCUGGGCAAACUGCUCCUGUUUCGUCGUAGCCUGGAGGCAUACCAGAGGCAGUGUGCUACAGUCGUUGCAGACCAACUCGCUCAAGCAGUCAUCGAUCAACUUGAGUACGAGGGCCCUAAGGAAUCGGAGAACGUUGAAGACCGCUAUGCGUACUGGAUCGUCAUACUCACAUCUCUCUCGCAACUCAUGAUUGAGCCGAACCUGGAUCGACCGCAAGCACUGACUUUGCUGCUUGUGUCCUUCCGCAACCUGGGUGGAUUUGACGUUAUGGCGAAUAUCCUCAAUCAGUUUUACGAAUCAGCGCUUGAGAUUACGCAGAAGCAGACCCAAGACACCAGCGAGGAGUCGAAGCGCUUGCUCAACCUUUCGCUUGGUGGUAUCAAGAUCAUUCUUGCCUUCUUCUCUCAGAUCAUCAACUACAAAGUCAUUGGCGAAUCGCCACAGACAUCCUCGAUGCAAACAAGGCCGGACCGCGAUAGGGACCGAUCAGACUACUUCUUGACAGCACAGUUCCUUGUUGAGCUGCGUUUUGCUGUGAUCAAACCUAUAGAGAAGAUCUGGAACUCGAAUCUCAUCGACAAGGCCACGACGUCCAUUGUCAAGACAUCGGUCAACAUCCUCAAGUCUGUUCUUGAGUGUGAUGGCGAACACGGAGCGUACAAGAGCAUCGACAAGAUUCCAAAACGCAGUAAGCCCAUAAUCAAGCCAUGGUCACCCCGAAACGCCGACCAUUUGCCGCGCAUGAGAGAGGGUGGGUACGACUCAAGUCUUGCCGAAGAAGCGCUGUAUCGCUGCUGCGACAACUACAACAUGGCCAUGGAGUACUGUAUGAACCAAACUCGUCCGAAUGUUUCAAGAAACCCGAUACCCCAGUAUGAGAUUCAAGCGCGAGGCCCACCAUCUGCAUCACCAAGUCGAGCUGAGGUGGUAGUGCCCGAACAUACAGAUGAUGCCAGCAUGACAUCGAGCGAGGUCACUCGUGACGACGAUGAGACUGAAGAGCCCGAGAGUCAGUCGGUUCAGAUGGAGGACGCGGAUGCUUCGGCCGCUGCCGAGACCGAACCACAUACCUCUACUACGCCUGUGCCAGCUGAGCAGUCCAACCAACCAACCACUGCACCGCAAGACGCGCUAGCAUAUCAGAAGCGUAUGGCUGUUGGUAACUCUACAGAACCUGUGGCCUUGGACCAGCUUGACGAGCAGCGAUUCAAGCUCCGUCAAAACCUUGUCGACCGCUCGCUCGAUGUUCUCAACUCACAUGAGGAUGUCACAUUUGAGCUAGCUGAUCUGAUCUUUGCUGCUGUCUCCAAAGUACCGGAACCAGAAUCAAUGCGGACAGAAAUUGGUACUACGCUGGUCCAGUCUCUCAUAUCGCUACAGAGCGAAGACGAUUUCCGCACACAGAGCCAAAAGAUAGCAGCUUCAGCUCACCUUUUGGCAUUGGUUCUGCAGGAGAAGGACUUUUACGAAGUCAUUGUCGGAGAACUCAAGGAUAAUUUCACAACACUGUUGGGCUUCCUGAAGAUCUUCCCUGAUCAACCAGCUGAAGACUCAUCUCCUUGGAUCGGCCAAGUUUUGCUGAUCAUUGAGCGCCUACUGGCUGAGGAUCAACUUCCACGACAGAUUUCAUGGACUCCGCCUACAGAAGAGACACAAGAAGAAACUUCAGUCGAUGAUCUUCCAGAGCCAAUUGUCACUGCGGAAGAAAAAGAACAGCUUUUCAGUGCCAUCAUCGAAAUGCUGCCUCGCAUUGGUAAAGAUGAAUCACUGGCUCUAUCGGUCACACGAGUACUGGCUAUGCUCACACGCACACGCAAAAUUGCUACACGCCUUGCGGAAAAGCGAAAUGUUCAGCGGCUGUUCCUCAUGGUCAAGCAACUUGCUGGUAUUACCAACGAGGGCUUGCGUAGUGCUUUUAUGAUCGUAUUGCGCCACAUGAUCGAGGACGACGACAUGAUCCGCCAAAUUAUGCGAACCGAGAUUCAGCAGAUGUUCGAGUCGCGUGACCGAAGACAGACGGACACAACUGGAUACACACGCCAGAUGUAUGCGCUAGCAAUCCGCGCACCGGAAAUCUUUGUGGAGAUCACGAACGAGAAGCUCCAGCUGGCCCGCUUUGAUCCAAACCAGCGACCACAGACCAUGGUCCUAAAGAAGGUCGAGCCAGUGAAUUCUGCCGAAGUUUCUGAUAGCGUUGCUGAAGCAGACAAACCCAAGGAGUCCAGUGAAGCGCCAAAGCAGCCUCUGCUGGAGCGAACAAAGACGUCCGAUCUGAAGAUCCCAGUAGUUGAGAACCCCGAUGGCGUUAUCCAUUACCUUCUCUGUGAGCUGCUAGCCUACAAAGAGGCUGAGGACAAACCCGAGCCUAUCAAGCCUGUAGAGACCGCACCUGCAGAGAAAGGAACUGGCGAAUCGAGCUCAGACGCGGCCGCAACACCUGCCACAGCAACAGCCACAGCCACUGCAGAACCCGCCAAACCCGAGAAGCCUGUCUUCAAGGCUGAUGCGCAUCCAAUCUACAUCUACCGCUGCUUCAUUCUGAAGUGUUUGGCUGAGCUUCUUCAAAGCUACAACCGCACUAAGAUUGAAUUCAUCAACUUCUCGAGAAAGGCCGAUCCGUAUACUGUGACACCUUCCAAGCCGCGCUCCGGUGUGCUCAACUACCUUCUCAAUAACUUGGUCCCUAUUGGUACCCUCAACCAUGAAGGGGAUCUCUCGUUCAAGAAGAAGCUGGCGACAUCAAACUGUGCGAUCGAUGUCAUUGUCUCACUGUGCAACAAGACUGGAGAGCACACUGUCCCUAAGACUGAUGUGCCUUUAUCGCCUUAUGCUGAGACCGAGCCAGACCUGCUCUUCGUCCGCAAGUUUGUACUCGAGCACGCUCUGAAGGCUUUCAAAGACGCAAAUGCCGCCGAUGAGCCAUUGGACAUGAAAUACUCACGGCUGCUAAGCAUCGCCGACAUCUUUUCUAGAAUGGUGUCGCAACGUCCAAAUGGCGAAAUGCUUACCCAGAAUGCAGACCUGACGCCGAACCUUAAGCAAAUGGCCAAGAUCAUGUACGAGAAAAACUUCAUUACGAUUUUGACUACGGCCAUUUCAGACAUUGAUCUCAACUUCCCCAAUGCCAAACGCGUGGUCAAGUAUAUCCUCAAGCCUUUGAAGUGGCUCUGUUACGUGGCAAUGGAUCUGAGUAUGCACUACGAUACUUCGUCAGCCCCUGAUUCUGGCGACGAGUACGAGAUCUCAACCGCUUCCGACGACGAUCUUAUUGAGAACACACGCGAGGAGACGCCCGAUCUGUUCCGCAACUCAACCCUCGGCAUGUUUGAGCCGCCUCACGAGUCCGAGUCAGAUGAAGACUCUGAGGGCGACGAGGGCGAAGAGAUGAUGUACGACGAUCCUUAUGCUGACGACAUGGAGUAUGAUGAGGCCGAUAUUGGUGACGACGACGUUGUUUCCGACGAAGAUGAAGAGAUUUUGGAAAUGGACAUUGAUGGUAUGGGACCAAUCGAAGGCCUCCCCGGCGAUGUUGAUGUUGAAAUCGAACUUGACGACGACGGCAACGCCAUGGGAUCUGAUGAUGAUUCCGAAGAUGAGGAAGACGAUGAAGACGAGGAUGAUGAAGAUGACAUGGACGAUAUGGACGACAUGGACGACGAGGGUGACGACGACAUGGACGACAUGGAAGAUGCCAUGGAGGCCUUGGAGGAAGUGACUGGUGACGAUGAAAAUGCCAGCCUAGCUGAAGACCAGGAAGAUGAGUGGAGUGACGAACAGGACGACUUCCCAGGUGGCGUCAACGGUGAGGCAGGCAUGCCCCCAGGCGCACUUGGGUUUGUUCUCGAUCCUCCUCAGCUUCUUGAGCAAAUGCGACAGCAAGGCGGAGGCGACAUCGAGGACUUCCUGGAUGACGAGAUGGCGGAAGAAGAAAUAGACGAUGAAGAAGAAGAGUACGAUGAAGAUAUUCACUACGAUCCCGGUGCGGAGGAUGAUGAAGAGGGCCUACCAGAACUUGGAUGGGGUGGUGGUUGGGAGGAUCCCGCACCUCCUACUGUUCGUCAUACACACCGCCUUAGUCCAUGGAUGUUCCCCGCCGGUCCAGGUGAUCGUAUUCUUGUGCCAGCGUAUCGGUCACAUCGUCCAGGUGCCGGUCCUCGAGCCACGGACGAUGGCGUCAACCCCCUACUCCAACGAGGCGGUCGUUCCAUUGGACGAGAUGGCCUCCCACGUAACGAAGGCAACAGCGACUGGGUGCAUGCGAUUGAAAGCCGUGGUCCUCGUGUCUUUAGUCAAGCCGACAGCCCCGUCUCCUUCAUCAGCAACCUGCUAAAUGCAAUGAGCUCUGGUGGCGGUGCCCCUACGCUGCACCAUCACGGAGGCGCGUUGCAUCUUUCUUUCAGCAACUCAAUGGGCAUGCCAACGUUUGACAGUGGAAUGCGUCGCGAUAUUGCUCGUAUGCGAGAAUCUUACAACUCACGCUCUGCUCGAGAAGACCCGCAUUCGGCAGUUGCAUUUGCCAAGGCAUAUACUAGUCAGCGAUGGCAAGAGGAGGCUCGCAUCCUCUAUGGCCCGGCUGCUAUUGAGAAGAGUCAGCGUGUCAUCAACUCUAUCCUCAAAGUCAUGGUUCCGCCUGCAAUUGAAGCUGCGAAGAAGCGCCAGGAGGAACGCGAGGCUGAAGUUGCUCGCAAGCUCAAGGAAGAGCAAGAAAAGAAGGAGCAGAGGGAGCGCGAAGAGCGCGAAAGGCGCGAGGCACAAGAGAAGGAGGAGCGCGAACGGCAAGAACGCGAGGCUGCUGAAGCCGCAACUCGUGCUCAAGAACAGACAUCAGAAGGCACGUCAAAGAACGAAUUGACUGCCUCUGAAGCACAGGCCAUGGAGGGCGUUCAGGGUGCUCAGAGUUCUGGCGAGUCUUCGACUACGGCCUCAGCACCGGCAGCACCGGCAGCACCACCUGCGCCACGGGUCAUGACGACCAUUAGAGGCCAUGAGUACGAUAUUACUGACCUGGGAAUCGACACGGAGUAUCUCGAUGCUCUUCCCGAGGAACUGCGAGAAGAAGUCUUGAUGCAGCAGGUCGCUGAGCGCAGAGCCGAACAACGAGCCCAGGCCCGUCAGCAGCAACAGCAGCAACAUUCACAAAACCAGGCACAAGGCUCAACAUCACAAGACGCCGGUCAUUCUGGAGAUCUCCCUACAGAUAUCAACGAGGAGUUCUUAGCGGCUCUACCAGAGGAGAUUCGUGAAGAGCUGCUUGCCCAGGAGGCCCAGGAGCGUCGACGUCGUGAGCGCGAAGAAAAUCGUCGUCGCAACCAAAACAAUGCUGCUGCCCCGCAGGCUGAAGAGAUGGAUACCGCCAGUUUCUUCGCAUCCUUGGAUCCCAACCUACGUGCUGCUGUUCUUAUGGAUACCGAUGAAGACACCUUACGACAGCUUCCACCAGAGCUUUCUGCUGAAGCCCGAGCAAUGGGAGGGGACCGCCGCCUACAUCAAUUCAACGAAUUCGGCUACAGGCGCGGCGACCGUCGCGGCCAGCCUGAAGAUCUAAGCCAGAAAAAGAAAGCUCGUCCUUGUGUGCAAAUGCUCGACAAAGCAGGUGUCGCAACUCUCCUCCGGCUCAUGUUCAUCCCUCAACAAGGUAGCGCCAAGGCCAGUCUUAGCUCGAUCCUACGCUAUGUUUGUGAGAACCGCCAGAACCGUGCAGAAGUCAUCAGCAUUCUGUUGUCGAUUCUCCAGGAUGGCAGCGCUGACGUCAACGCCGUUGAACGUAGUUUUGCCCAGCUGUCAAUAAGAGCAAAGCAGCCCCAGCAACCGACGGAGAAGACACCAAAGAUCUCUCGCAAAAACGGCGCUCUGUCCAUCAAUUCGGAUGUGUCCCCAUUGAUGGUUGUUCAGCAGUGUCUCAACACCCUCACUCAGCUGACCGAAAAGAACCCGGCUGUAUGGUCUUUCUUCCUGACUGAACACGAGACUGGCGUGGGCUUUAAGAACCGUGCCAACCGCAAGGGCAAGGCCAAGGAGAGCAAGGCCAACAAGUACCCCAUCAAUGCGCUGCUGACUCUUUUGGACCGCAAGCUCAUUGUUGAGAGUUCUUCCAUCAUGGAGCAAUUGACUGCGCUACUCAAGGUCAUCACGGCUCCAUUGCAGGCCCUCAAGAAGGAGAAAGAGAAGGCCGCUGAAGAAGCUAAGAAGGCCGCUGAGAGCUCUACGGAAGCUCAAAAUACUGAGUAUCAACCCACCGAGAACACAACUAUUGGGGCUGGGCAAGGUCAAGAUACAGAGAUGGCAGCCGCGUCUGAGUCUGGCGCACCCAAACCUGAUGAUUCAAAAGCCGAGGAUGACAAAGCUAAGAAGCACCGCUCAUUGACGCCUCCCGACGUGCCAGAAGCCAACCUUCGACUCGUGGCCAAGAUUCUCGCAGCAAGAGAGUGCAACAGUAAGGUGUUCCAAGAGACCUUGUCGGUCAUCAGCAACCUCUCGCCAAUCCCAGGGGCAAAGGAGAUCUUCGGCCAAGAGCUACUCGGCAUUGCAAAGGACCUGGCUAGCUCAACACUCCAUGAUCUUGCGAGCCUGACCGUCCAAGUUUCCAAGGCAAGCUCGCCUACUGACGUCCAAGGCAUCGCUCUCGCAAAGUUCUCCCCUGCAAGCUCCGACCAGACGAAGCUGCUUAGAGCCCUUACUGCGCUCGACUACCUCUUCGAUCCUUCGCGCGAUAACAAAGACAGGCCCGAAGCUGCUGCAGAGGCAUUGGAACCAGCCCAGAAAGAAGACAUACUCUUGACGCUAUACGAGGAUGCUGCAUUCGCACCUCUCUGGGAGAAGCUCAGCGAGUGCCUCACGGUCAUCCGCCAGCGUGGAAACAUGCUUAACAUCGCCACAACCCUGCUCCCCCUCAUCGAGUCCCUCAUGGUUGUAUGUAAGAACACCACGCUCAAGGAGACACCACUAUCCAAGAAGCUCGCCAAGGAAUUCGCCCUGUCUAGCCCGCCACCUGAGAACAAGAUGGAGAAUCUAUUCUUCAACUUCACCGAAGAGCACCGCAAGAUAUUGAACGAUCUCGUCCGCCAAAACCCCAAGCUUAUGAGCGGCACUUUCUCGCUUCUGGUCAAGAAUUCCAAGGUCCUGGAGUUUGACAACAAGCGCAACUACUUCAACCGGAAGCUUCAUUCUCGUGGAGGCGAUCGACAGGCACACCCGCCGUUGCAGCUCUCUGUUCGCCGAGACCAAGUCUUCUUGGACUCUUUCAAGUCACUAUACUUCAAGUCAGCUGAUGAGAUGAAGUACGGCAAGCUCAGUAUCCGCUUCCAUGGCGAAGAGGGAGUCGACGCUGGUGGUGUUACUCGCGAGUGGUUCCAGUCAAUCUCACGCCAAAUGUUCAACCCUGACUACGCCCUCUUCGUACCUGUCGCAUCCGAUCGCACCACCUUCCACCCCAACCGAUUGAGUUCCAUCAACCCCGAACAUCUGAUGUUCUUCAAAUUCAUCGGUCGUAUCAUUGGCAAAGCACUUUAUGAAGGCCGCGUCCUGGACUGCCAUUUCAGUCGAGCUGUCUACAAGCAAAUCAUGGGUAAACAGGUCAGCCUCAAGGACAUGGAAACGCUUGACCUUGAAUACUACAAGUCGCUCGAAUGGAUGAUCCACAACGAGAUUACGGACAUCAUCACAGAGACCUUCUCAGUGGAAGUAGAGGCUUUUGGUGAGAUGCAGACAGUUGACCUUAUCGAGAACGGACGCAACAUUCCAGUGACGGAAGAUAACAAGCACGAAUAUGUUCGCCUCAUCACUGAACAUCGCCUCCUUGGUGCCGUCCAAGAGCAACUCGAAAACUUUCUCAAGGGCUUCCAUGACAUUGUUCCUGCAGAGCUUGUUUCAAUCUUCAGCGAACAAGAACUCGAACUUCUCAUCUCCGGUCUCCCUGACAUCAACGUAGACGACUGGAAGAACAACACAGAGUACCACAACUACACGGCUGCAUCGCCCCAGAUUCAGUGGUUCUGGCGUGCUGUCCGGACGUUCGAGAAGGAAGAGCAAGCCAAGCUCCUUCAGUUUGUCACUGGUACGAGUAAAGUGCCUCUGAAUGGUUUCAAGGAACUUGAGGGCAUGAACGGCUUUUCCAAAUUCAACAUUCAUCGCGACUAUGGCAGCAAGGAUCGUCUGCCAUCUAGUCAUACGUGCUUCAACCAGCUUGAUCUGCCCGAGUAUGAGACUUAUGAAGAUCUUCGGAAGGCCCUGUACACUGCCAUGACUGCCGGUGGCGAGUACUUUGGCUUCGCCUAGACGACUCGGAUACACAUCCGCUAGUCACCUUCGCUCAAACGGCACUUCAUUCACGAUAGCGCUUUUCGAAUACAUUGUUACCACGGUUUGCAUUGCAGGCGUAGCAAGGUGUAUAUGGGAUAUACCUACGGAGGGGCGAAGGAAGGCGUAUAAGCAUUGGUAAGAAGAGAGCCAUCAAUUUAAUUCCGCUUCUGUAUGAGUAGAAAAUUGGAGUGGUUAACAAUCACGAGGAAUGAAUGUUUAGUGCCUGGCAAACGGGUCGAGCAGGGGAAAGACUGGGAGUGCAGGCCCGGUUCUUUCUUGAUGCGAGACUGGCUGUUGCCGGGCUGGAAAGGGAGUUUAUGUAAUCUCUUCUUCUUCCAUGCCAUAGUUUGG